AUGUCUUUCCAAUACAGCAACGUUCAGUACACCGAAAUGGUAAGGACUUUGGCACAGUGUGGUGAUACUGUGGCUCUAGCUUGCAGAACAUUCAACCAAAGGUAUGGUACAAGAAUAGACCGCAGGACUAUGUUAGCUGCUACUCAACGGCUUCGCGACCACGGAACGUUCCGUCCGAACACGGCCAUCGACAGGGGAGCCAAUGUGCGUAUACGUAGUAGUCUUCAGAACGAAAUACUGGACUAUUUCGAUGAGAAUCUCCAUGCCAGUACUCGAGAAGCAGCCCCACGCUUUCAAUGUAGUUAUAUGCAUGUGUGGAGAACACUUCGUGGUGAUAAAGAACAUCCAUUCCACCUCAGAAGAUGCCAGGAGUUGACUCCGAACGAUUACGCACCACGCUUGCAGUUCAGCCGUUGGUUAUUAGAAAAUUGGCAGCGGAACAUAAUUUGGACAGAUGAAAGUACAUUCACACGUGUCAUCCUCACGCAUGCAGAGUAG